AUGAAUGCGAACAAUACUGUCCAUGAAAACACGCGUGAAUCUCAUAAUCAUGAAGCAGGUGACCCCACAGCGCCUUUCAACGAGGUCGAAACGUUCAACACAAUUUGGGAAGCGCUAAAAUGGAAACAUAUUCGUGCUCGUGUCCCUGUCUGUCUGCGAAAAACACUGCGUAAUCGAUAUAUGUUGGGUAAUCUAGUGUAUCUGGGCUAUGCCAUUGGCAUUCUGAUUAUUGAUUUUAAUCCACAACUGAAUGGAUCUGCAGAUGAAAACAAUACAUGUACGGCACCUGUGAUACCAACUCUUGAUCAGCCAAUCACCAAGGAUCCAUCGGUGAAUCAAUUGUAUCUAGGUUUUGCUGUUGUCCAUGUUGUGUCCGCCUUCCUCUACUGGUGGGCAUGGGCUGGGCGAUCCUGGUUGGACGUUAUUAUGAUUCCUGAAUACCUGAAUCACAUCGAAGCUGGACUCUAUCUCUGGUCAGCUAACUGGUAUCCAAAUGAGGAUACACUGGGUGGUUUUUAUACCUUAGCAGUGCACAGGAUCGAGAUGACAGCAGCGACUGUUGAACUAUUCGCUUCAUUCGGCUGGAUAAUGUCUUGGUAUAUGACUUACACCCGGACACUGGGCCGUGGUUUUACCCUUGAUGAUCCAGAUGUUAUUGCAUUUUCCUGCACUAGUAUUAGUUCGAUCAUCUACAUUGUUGAUAAUUGGUUUUGGUUUUUACCUCUUUCCGGUCAAUAUGGUGUUGCAGCUGGGCGAAUACGAGUAGAAACAAAGGAUCUACCACAGAUUGGAAGACCAGUCGUAUUGAUGACCGAUCCAUGUCGUCGCCGAAAUCGAAAGAUGGGACCGACAGAACCGACAGCCAUUGAUCUUGCGAUUGUAACUGCUCUUUAA